UGUCCCUUUGAUUAAUAAACCUGCAAAUUUAAUUUAUAUCACAGGGUCGUCUAGAGACAUUGUCGUCUGUCUAAGAGAGACGACAAUGUCCGACUUUUAUGCCAAAAUAAGUGGAGCAAAAUUUCCUACAGUGUUUUGGGCACAGAGGAAUGAUGUCUUGUAUCUCACAAUAUGUGUAGAAGAUUGCCAAAAUCCUACCAUUAAUUUAACAGAACAAAAACUUACAUUCAGUGGUAAAGGUGGAACAAAUAAAGAUUUAUAUGAAAUAUCACUACAAUUUGAAAAAGAAGUAAAUCCACAGUUUCUGACACAUAUCUGCUGUAUCAAAUGGUUACAUUGUCAUUUUCAUAAGGAAUCAAGAUAUGAGGUUCAGGCAAGAAAUAUAAGUUUUGUGAUAAAGAAGAAAGAAUCUGGUCCAUACUGGCCUAGGUUAUUAAAAGGAAUUAAAAAGGCUUUCUGGUUAAAAACAGAUUUCGACAAAUGGAAAGAUGAGGAUGAGUCAGAUGAUGAUAUGGAUAAAAACAUGGACCUAGCUGAGAUGUCCAGAAAUGAUAUAGAAGAAAUAAAAAAACAGGCAGAAGGAAUAAGAAAAAGAGAAGCUGAGGAAGAAAGAAAAAUGGCCAUGGAAGAAAGAAGAAGACAAGCUUCUGGAAUAAUUACACAACCUGAAGACAGACACAAUCAAAGUGAAGAAGAGAGGAGGAAUACUAAAGAAGAGAGGAGAAAUGGUGAAGGAAAAGGAAGACAACAUGCUGAAGAAGGCAUGAUACAAAGUAAAGAAGAAAGAAAAAUGGAAGCUGAAGGAAAACAAAGGAAACAUACUGAAGAAGAAAGGACAUAUAUUGAAGAAGAAAGGAGACAAACUGAAGAAGAAACAAGAAACCAGUCUGAAGAAUCUGAAGACGAAAAACAUACUUCAGAAGAUAGGAGACAAGCUGAAGAAGAAAGUGGAAAACAAGCUGAAGAACAAAGAAGUCACACUAAAGAAGAAAAAAGGAGCCAGACUGAAGAAGAAAGACAGGGACACACUAAAGAAGAAGUAAGGCAUGCUGAAGUUGAAAUGAAACAUAGGAAAGAAGAAAGGAAACAAACUGAAGAAGAAAGAAGAAAGACUGAGAAAGAAAUGAGACAUACUGAAGAAGAAAAACGACAAGCUGAAGAAACAAGUAGACAGGCUGAAGAAGAAAGAAUGAAACAUACUGAAGAAGAAAAUCUACAAGCUGAAGAAACUCAAAGGCAAGCUGAAGAAAGACUAAGACAAGCUGAAAAAGAAAGGAGACAAGCUGAAGAAACAAGACGACAAGCUGAAGAAGAAAGGAGGCAAGCUGAAGAAACAAGACGACAAGCUGAAGAAGAAAGGAGGCAAGCUGAAGAAACACAAAGACAAGCUGAAGAAGAGAGAAGGAAGCAUAUUGAAAAUGAAAGAAGACAUGCUUAUGAAGAAAGAAGAAGACAGGCUUAUGAAGAAAGAAGACAGGCUGAAGAACAAGAAAGAAGAAAAAUGUUAGAGGAAGUGGAACCGAGAAAUACACUCGAGAAGUGUGUUGGUGGACUCCUUGCUGUUGGUGCAGUGGCCGCAACUAUGUUUGUUGGAUAUAAACUUAUAAAGGCAAUAACAAAGGAGAAGGAACCUGAACAAAGAAGUAAUACGGCAUUGGUAAGACAAAAGCAUCCAUUACAGGCCUUACAAUCUAAUAGUGCAAGGUGUGUGACUAAAAGGGAUCCAUUUCAAGAAUCUGCCUUUGAAAGGCUGAAGAAUGAAAAAGAUGAAAGAAGGUCUAGAUUUAGUAAAAUUGGAGUAAACUUUGAUGAGUGGCAGAUUCCGAAGAAGCUUGGUUGUCUAGACCUUUAUCUUGCAAAAGAAAUUUGUGAUGCAUCUGAAACAGAAUUUAAUAUUGUUCAAGAGGAUUGGUAUAAAGCAACUGGAGCAGUAAAUAAGAUACUACUUAUGCUGUUUGUGAAAAUCCGAGAUGAAGCUAGCAAAUAUGGUUUGAUCAUAGAGAAAUAUGUGAAACAAGGCAGUUCUCGUGAAGGUUUGAAAGUACAUGCAGCUGACGAGUUUGAUGUUCUCCUUCAGUACAGAUUUAAAGACUUAAAUGUUACGGUUGAGAACAAAUCUUUGGAUGACUGUAUUUUACCAGAACUUGCAAAUCUCCGUGUAAAUGCAUAUAAUCAGACUUGGCUCACUCAUCCAAAACUUCACGAUAAGGGUGUAUUUAAAGAAAUAGGUGGAAGGGUUUACUUGAACGCAAGACAACUCCAUGAAAAAGUCUUCAAGUCCAUAAUAGCCACGUCAUCUUCAGUUGUUGAAAGAAAUGUGAACAGCGGUGAACAUCGAGAAAAAGUUUGAUUUUAAGAUAAAUCUCAGCACAAAUCCGCCUUCAGAAAAUAUCAGAUUAAAGUUGACUGAGAAAGAUGAUGAAUUUUCAAUAUUUCAUCAUAUCAAUGUUAUAAAAGUGCAGAGCUCUCAUGGGCAAGUUUGUGGUUUGACAAAACGAGAGACAAUCAUUGAUGUUGACAUAGUUCCAG